CGUAUCGAAGUGCGAAGCUACGGGGAGACCGGGUGAUCGCAGUUCGGUGGUCACGCAGUAUAGUGGCGAUUGGAGCAGCAUGCUUCGUGACGACCAGUAUAACAAAGAUUGAUCUAGCAGGCGGAAGCAGCUUGACUGUUCGUAGUGGCUUCUGCUACACUAAGAAAACGACUAAACGCAGUGUUUCAGGUGAUAGUUGUGAUUUUAGUCACCAUCAGGCAGGAUAAUUAUUACUCAUGGUUUACGCGCGUUAAGUGUGAACCCAUCCCGGAACGACACAGAACAGCUAAGGCGAUUUUCUCCACUUUUUCCGUGCAUUUCUGUGACACAAGUGAACAACCGUCGGAACCAUGGAUCCCGAGGCAUUUCUCGAUAUCGCCAAUCAGGUGAUAAAACUAAAGAUGUUUCCUUACUUCGACAUCGCGCACAGUCUUCUGUGUGCCCUCUCGGUGAAGGAGGAUCUUGGGGUCGGAGCGCACGCCUUUUCGCGGAAACAUCCGCUCGCCUGCUGGCUUUCAACGAUGCUUGUCGUUUUUGCGGGCGGCAUGGUUGCUAACGGACUGCUUGGUGAACCCAUCCUGGCGCCACUGAAGAAUACGCCUCAGCUGCUUGUCGCCACCGCCUGCUGGUACAUCGUUUUUUAUACUCCCUUCGACAUUGGCUACAAGGUGGCAAAAUUCUUGCCGGUCAAGGUGGCUGCUAGUUCAAUGAAGGAAAUUUAUCGAGCAAAGAAGAUCCACGAUGGUGUUACGCAUGCUGCCAAACUUUACCCGAACGCAUUCAUCAUCAUGAUCCUUAUCGGCACGUUAAAGGGCAACGGGGCCGGUUUCACGAAGCUGAUUGAACGAUUGAUUCGUGGUGUCUGGACGCCGACGGCCAUGGAGUUCUUGCAACCAAGCUUCUACACCAAAGCAUCGUUAAUAGCUUCGAUCAUUUUUGUGCUGGACAAGAAGACGGACCUGAUCUCAGCCCCGCACGCCCUGGUCUACUUCGGCAUCGUUAUCUUCCUCGUGUACUUCAAGCUGUCGUCAAUUCUGCUUGGCAUCCACGAUCCGUUUGUGCCGUUCGAAAAUCUGAGCUGCGCCUUGCUAUUCGGUGGAAUCUGGGACAGCUUGGCGAAAAUUUUGGGACGCGGUCAGGCUAAGGAAGACACAAAAGAUGCGAAAAAAUCAAACUGAUCACCAAUAGCGAUUACUUUAGCGAGUGAGAGUUAAACUUUAGCUUGCUUUAGCAAAUUAAUGAAGUUAUUACGUUUUGGAUUGUUUACUGCUAUUUAGUAGACUUAAAAACAAAUUUCAGAUCAGUCACAGCAAGCACGAGACCAGCUAAAUAUUCGGUUUAAUGAAAUCCUUCUAGUCCCUACGUGAUAUUAGAUGUUUUGUAAAUCGGUCACAAUAUCGCGUAGAUUUUUUGUUUUAAUUUUUGUUUUGACCAGCGAACCUCAGAUUAUGUUUUAUGUAUCCUGUGUGUUUUUCCUUUCUUUCGUUCGUUCGCCAGAAAAGCAAAUCGAUACUAAGAAAACACAGAAUCGUGGAAUUCAAAAGCACAACCAAAUAACAGUGGGUGAGAUUUGGUGGUCCUUUUCACAAUUCAUAAUUUUAAAACUAUCAAAGAAGCAAAAACGACAAAAUGACACACAAAGAUUACAACUUGUACGACAUACAAAAUGAAGCCACACUCGACAACUUUCGACAACCUUUCCCAAACGGGUUACAGUUGCCUGGGCUUUUUCAGAGCCACUCGAUCAACGCUUUAUCCAACUAAUGCGAUAAAUUAACAACGCUUUCCAACAAAAAUCGCAUCCAGUUGCGACAGAAAGGCGCCAAAAUACGAAACAGCAAUAAAGAAGCACAAUGUGAUU